AUGACCUUACUAAUAAGCAACUUAAAAUUUGUUUUUAUUCUUACAGAUAUUGUCGCGUCUAGCAAAGAUAUAUUUUUUCAAACCCUAACAAAACUUGGGUUGGCUAACAGACACCCAGGUGCAAUAUCGAUCCGAGACAUUGUUGCCGUAGAUGCAAGCGAAUGGAAGAAGAAAGAAAAUGGAACUGUUUGUUCAACUGAUAUUCCGUGGUUAGUCCUUAAACGAUUGAUUAGUUCGAAUAGUGAAUCUAGGGACAUAUCAGUAACAAAUGAACAAGAUUUAAAUAACGGCAAUGUUUAUGAAGAUACUUUGAGCUUUUUAUCAGACAUGCCUGACGAUAAACAAGAAGACAUAAGCCCAUUAGAUGUAUUUCUUACAAUUUUUCAAUGUUGUGAUCCUUUUUUGAAACAAGUCGUUGUACAAAAACUGUAUCUUUGCAAAAUCGCUGUACCAUUUUUGUAUAAGUAUUGGGAAGAAACUAAUGAACAGCAAAUGUCAGUACUAUCUGUUUGGCCGUUGCGAUCUUUAGCAAUAGAAAAUAAACAAAGAAAUUACGGAAACAAUGAGGUUCAAUGUCAAGAAAUUGACAUUCUUGAGCUUCAAACGAAAAUGAUAGCUUUUGGAAGGUUGGGUCGACCCCGCUAUUCAAAAUCCAAAUUGAUGAAUAGUAUUCUUUCGGAUCAUGGAUGUAAAACUUUUUUCAAUUUUGACUCCCUUUCUGGAAUGACAAAAAGAAAAUUAAGUAAUGGACACGUUGAAAUGUUCUGGUUGCCGUUAAUUGGGGAUAAAAGAGAUAUAUUUCAAGAGGCAAUGACAUUUUUGAACUUAAGGGGUGAUUUAGAACAUGAUUUUGAUGCAGAAAUUCAACAUUUUAUUUCAACCUUUGUUGAUACUCUCACCAUAGUAGUUGACAUUGAAACUAUUCUAAAAAGAAGUAGAAAUGUAAUUGAUAUUCUCCUGAAAUGUUCGUCAGUAAUUUUAAUUAUUGCAAACCCCAUUACACAAGAAACAAAAAUGGCAAUACAUGAGUUUAAAUAUAAUGUUUUGAAAUUGAAACCAAACAUAACUCUCCGAGUGUUGAGCACAUAUAAAGGAAAGGUUGAACAAAACGCUGUCGACAUGGUCGCCUUUAUAUCAGUACAUAUAACAGAUCAAUUGAAGUCAAAUUGCACUAAAUCAUAUCAUGAACGCUUACAACAAGCAAAAGUAAAAAUAAUAAUAGAUGAAGAUGAUAAAAACUGUCAAAUAGGUAAGCACGAAUCAAAUAAAAUGAUUAAGCAGAUGAAUAGAGAGGGCUUAUCAAAUACUUGGAAGCAAACUCUGACACCUGUUCAUAGUAAAUUUUCAAAAGAAUUAGGAAAACUUAUCAAAAAGCGGGAGAGGGAAAAAAGCAUUCAAGGGGGCAACGCCAUUGAUACAAACAUUAAAAAUAUUAGAGAAGCUCAAAUAAAAGCAAUAACAAAAUCAGUUAAACUUUUUACUUACAUGCUUCAAAAGUAUGAAAAUAAGUUUAAUGUAAUGAAGUAUUUUCUUUGUUGGUUACAUUUGUCAAUCGAAAAAGAAAAGCGACAAUCAUUGCCGCCAUUAAUUGACGAACGUCGACUAGCUUGGAGAAAAUUAAAACUUCUUAAAAGUCAGGAAAGACAAGUUCAAUCUGAUAUAGUAGAACAAGAAAAUUCCAUAUCAGAACUGGAAGAACGGAUAAAUGAAGCAUCAUUUUUAAUAGAACAUUUUUUUCGUGAGAUAGGACACAUAAAUGAGGCAAUCUUAGAACUUGGAAAAGACAGUGUUGCAUAUGAAUUGCCCCCACUAGGUCAAAUAUCAAAAAUAAUUGGUUUUCUGGUUGCUGAUGGACACCAAUUAGAACUUAUAGAUGGCGAAAGCUUUUAUAUGCCCUAUAGAUGGUUAAAAGCUGUAGUCAACGAAGUUGAUAAAUUUAUUGGAGCAGGCAAGGUUCUAGCACUCAGCGUGUUAGGGUUGCAAAGCUCUGGAAAAUCAACUCUCUUAAAUACUAUGUUUGGAUGUCAGUUUUCAACCCGAACCGGAAGGUGUACCAGGGGUAUUCAUGCACAACUGAUACCUGUAGAUAUAUCUAAAUGUGAUGAUAAAUUAUCAGAUUACAAUUUCAUUCUUGUUGUUGACACAGAAGGGCUGAGAUCACCAGAACUAAGUCAUUAUCAACAUGAGCAUGAUAAUGAAUUAGCAACUGUAAUAACUGGAAUAGGAGAUGUAACACUGAUAAAUAUAAUGGGGGAAAAUACAAGCGAAAUACGAGAUAUACUUCAAGUUAUUGUACAUGCAUUUCUUAGAUUGAAAAUGACAAACAAAGACUUAGACAUAAAGAAAAGCUGUUCCUUCCUGCAUCAAAACGUAACAGACACUUCUGCGUCCGACAAAAUGAUGAGUGGUCUAAGAAAAUUAAUUCAAACUCUAGAUGAGAUGACAAAAGAAUCAGCAGAAAGCGAAAAUAUUAAAAAUAUAACUACCUUCAAUCAGGUUAUUGAAUUUGAUAUUAACUCACAGGUAUGGUAUCUUAAAAAUCUGUGGCAAGGUAAUCCGCCGAUGGCUAGAGUUAAUACUGAAUACAGUGAAAAGGUAAUAGAUAUUAGGUCUAGUAUCUUGAAAAAAGCCUUGGCAAUGAAAGAUAAAUCCUACAAAUCUUUAGACGAUAUAACUGAACAUGCACAUAACUUAUGGAAAGGUGUUCUUAACGAAGAUUUUGUAUUCUCCUUUAGGAAUAGCAUUGAAAUUAAAGCUUAUAAGGCUAUGGAACAUGUUGUUCAAGUAUCAACAAUUUGGCGAUCUUGA